AGCCCAAAAAAGAAGGCCCAAAAAAAGCCUUGUAAGGAUUUGUUGUUGCGCGAGCUGAGUUGCAGCUUCACUCACAAAAGCCACCUGCAGCCUGCAGCCACCUCACUCCGGCGACCUGAAACAAAAUUCCAAACCAUAAAUAUUUCAAUUUUUAAAAAAGAGGCCACGUGGCAGUGAUGUAUUUGUCGAGAACGUUUGGGCGAACACUGUUCGCCGCAGCUGCUAGAUCCAGAACCUAUGCUUCCUCCGCCGGAGCCGCCACUGCUUCCGGCGACAAACCCCGCAACCCUCUUGAGGAGUUCUUCGAGGUUGACAGGGACAUGGAAAGUGAUAAACCUAUUGUAUAUGGUCGGGGUUGGAAGGCCUCCGAACUGCGUUUGAAGUCUUGGGAUGAUCUUCAUAAGUUAUGGUAUGUGUUGUUGAAGGAGAAAAACAUGCUCAUGACUCAACGCCAGAUGCUCAAUUCCCAGAACCUACGAUUUCCUAACCCAGAACGCAUCCCCAAGGUACGGAAGUCAAUGUGCCGCAUCAAGCAAGUACUUACAGAGAGAGCAAUAGACGAACCGGAUCCCAGGAGGUCUGCUGAGAUGAAGAGAAUGAUAAAUGCUCUCUGAUGAUGCACAAUAGAACAUUAUUGAGAAGGACUUUUGUCUUUGAUGGAUUCUUGGUUUGCAAGCUUUGUUUUUGCAACAAGUGGUUUACAUUGAGAUGUACCAGAAAACUAUUGAGGCUAUUCAACAUGAAAGAUAAGCAUGUAUGCAGUAUC